AACGUACACAACAAACUGCCGAGAAUGGUGUUUAUUUGGUGUCUGACAGUCUUCAUGCUUCUAUCCUGCAGCACAGCAGACGACCAAGUUCCAGAAGAUCCAGAAUACUCUGAAGCCUUUUUAAAACUUCUCUACGUUUUCAACGGGAAUUUUUCCGACCAUCGUCUCGUGGAUGCUUACAAGAGCAUCGAUGACCCUGACCUUUACGUGCCAAAACUUGGGUACCUGACGAUAAUGCCAGUAGAGGUCACAGCGUUAGCGCCGGCGGUGACCUACUUAUUGGAAGAGUAUUGGGAAAACUCUCUAAUCCGUCGACAGUUCUGCAUACUAUGGGAAGAAGAGAACAAUCAGAUCUACCUUCAAACUUUCAACAUCACCUCUCCUCCUAACGACAUGUCCAAGCCUUUCACACUUGGCCAAGUCAAGAAGUUGACUUUUGAUGACUUGGUCACAAGAGAUGACUGUAAGGUCACGUUUACACGUAAAGGGACAAACACAUUUACAGCCAUCUGGCCUGACUGUAAAGCCCAGUAUGAUGGGGUUUUGCCACACUACAUCGCGACCUUUUCUUGCAACUCUAUGGUGGUCGUCGCGAACAACCCCGAUUCUGUCGACUACCUUGCUGUACCUGUAUCAGCUACCAGAGAAGGCCCCAGGUUUCCUUUCCCAACGUACCUGAAGAAAGUUGAAGAGAAUGUUACCUGUCCAUAAAAUCUGUCUACAGGCCAACAAAUUGAGAAAACAUGUUUUAGAAUUAAAAAAAACAACUGGACCAAUUAUAUCAGUAUUAUUAAUAUACGAGCUGACCAGCGCCGUAAGCUUACGUCGCUAUUUAGUUGUUUUAUGUUCUGCUUUUCAGUAAUUCAUCAUUUGCUAAUUCAACUCUACCC